AUGGCUAUUGACAUGUGCUCAGAGUGCUCGAACAUAGGCACCAGUCCUCGAAUCUCAUUUUCCCAUGAUCUCCUCCAUUCGGACUCCAAAUCCAUCGAAAACUACCACCCAUCUCGCUCAGACUCCUCCCUGUUGGACUCAGAUUCUUCUGAGUUCGAUUUCUGCGUCAGCAACAACAUUGAGAGAGAAAUUUCUGCAGCAGAUGAACUUUUCUCAGACGGCCUAAUUCUCCCUCUUCAACUAGAGGAAAAGUUUAUCACUUCAAAACCCAUUUAUCUCUCUAAACCUCAGCCUCUUUCUUCUCUUCCACCUCUUCCUGUCCCUCCUACAAAUGAAAAUUCAAAGCCAAAAAGCUCGAAAGAGAUCAUAUUUGACUCUGACCAGAAGCAUCAAUCAAGACCCUUUUGGCGAAUCAAGCGAAGUAGUAGUGUUCAUGGUGAUAAUAGCUACAAGAAGGGCUCGUUUUGGUCAUUACCUCUUCUGUCACGAAGCAACUCAACUGGUUCAGUACCGAGUUCAAAGCAGACUUUGAAGGAUAGUCAGAAGCAGAAUUCAAAUAAACAUGGAAAGGGAUCAAUGGCAGUUUCUUCAGCGUCUUCGCCGAGUUUCUACACUUAUCCGUUGUCACAGAAGCCUCCAUUGAACAAGAAUUAUGGAGGGUCAUAUGGUCAUGGUGUUAGGAUUAGCCCAGUGCUUAAUGUUCCACCUCCUUACAUUUCAAAGGGUACUGCUAAUCUUUUUGGGUUGGGUUCUUUCUUUGGCAAUGGAGGCAAAGACAAGAAGAACAAGAAAUGA